GUUAGAAGAAGAAGAAGGUCUAGUAGUUUAUUGCUAAACGUAAAUAGAGUACAGUAAGUCGAGUCUUUAGCGGUUUAACGUCCUCGAUGGUGUGUGCGUGUGAUUUCACGUUUUGUGGAGAUCCACUUGGGCCGAAGAGAACCAGCUCGCUGGUGCGGCAUGACUGACGUCGCCAUGGCGGACGACGGUCGCCGUGGUGAGGAGGAUGAACGCGGCCCCGGAGCACCUCACCAAGUGUUUGUGCUCAUGGAGGCUUUACUGGAGAAGCUGAAGGUGUUGAACUACGAAGAGGAGCUUCUGUCCAAACACAACAUGAAGACUCUGUCCAGACAUUACUUUGUGUCCAGUCCUUACUUGGUGUCCAACCCGGGCGAGCAGUUCUACAUGUUCACCAUCAUGGCGGCCUGGCUCAUCAAUGUGUGCGGGAGGAGCUUCUCCAAACCUCAAGAAGAUGACGAGCCCACUGCCACCGUGUCGAACAUCCUGGCGGAGCUUCGAGCUUUUGGGCUGAAGGUGGACUUUCCGCCUUCCAAACUGAAGUCGGGUUCAGGCGAGCACGUCUGCUUUGUGUUGGACAAACUGGCUGACGAGGCCCUCAGGAGGCGGGGCUUCUCAUUUAAAAGGCCUAACUACCCGACUGAGAGCACAGAAGAAGAGUCGGUGAUGGAGGAUGAUGCUGAGUUGAGUCUCAACAAAGUGGAGGAGUUCAUGGAGGAGCCUGAUGAAGACGAGGAGAACCUGGUGGAUUUGGAGGCUCUGACCCUUAAGAGUAGUCUCACUGAAGCGGCGACGGCUGCCAAACCUGACAACAUCCUGCAGUCCACGGUGGAUGUGGCCGCGUGGAACCUGGAGGUGGAACGAGUCCUGCCACUGCUCAAAGUCACCAUCAGAACAGACAACAAAGACUGGAGGAUCCAUUUGGAUCAGAUGCACCAGCACCAGGAUGGGAUCCAGUCCUCACUCCAAGAGGCCAAGAGCUACCUGGACAAAGUUCAGGAGGACAUAAGUAAGACACUGGAGAAGGUGUCCAGCCGAGAGAAAUACAUCAACAAGCAGCUAGAAGACGUCAUCAGCGAGUACCGUGACGCGCAGGCCAAACUGAGCGAGGGCAGGGAGCGCUACCAGCUUGCCAGCCGGGUCGUGGCCCAGAGGACCCGAGUCCUGGCCGAGAUUAGUGAGGAGUUGGAGAAGGUGAAGCAGGAGAUGGAGGAGAGAGGCAGCAGCAUGUCUGAUGGAGCGGCGGUGGUGAAGAUCAAACAGAGUGUGAGCAAGCUGAAGCAGGAGAUCAUGAAGAUGGACGUGAGGGUGGGCGUGGUGGAGCACAUGCUUCUGCAGGCCAAACUCAAGGAGAAGUCCAACAUGACCAUGGAUCUGCAUGCCGCAAACAUGGCCGCCACAGCAGCCUUUGUCUGAGUCCACCUCAACCGCAGCUACUUUUCCCCCAAAUCCGCCGUCCAGUCCGUUUCAAGCAUAAAUCAGUGCAUUUACAUGCACAAAAAAAAAUUAUGGCAUGAAUUUGCAUAAAACUACCUUUUGAAAAUGUAAACACCUUAAAUAGAUGGUGUUUGGCUUUUUAAAAGUCAGAUUAACAUACCUAGAUUAUUCAUUUGGAAACGCUUGCAAGUCUGUGCUACUGGAGCACAGCCGUCAUUCUGCGCGUCUCCAUGGCAGGACGUAAUCCGGAUCAUGAUCAAGAAAUUGCAAAAUGUUCACUGUAUGCACAUUGCGAGUAGCUGUUCAAGCUAAUAUGUGUCCAUGUUCGGUGAAUGUAACUUCAGCUACGGUCUGCUACAAUCAUGCUUUGUCAAAGAUGUUUGGUAUUGUAAUACGUGACAUUUCUACCGAAAUAAAUGCUUUUAAUUUUGCA